UCGGCAAUUAUCUUACGACUUUCAUAUCCGUGCUUCCUGCGGCCAAGUCUAUUUUGAAGUGAUCCUUUCAAAUCAUCCUCAAACAGUUACAGACUUCCGCGGAUCAAGUCCAAAAAGAAGUGUAUUGAAGAGUAUUGACCUUGACCGUUGUGUGGUCUUAGAACAUCAUUUUGUACCAUUCCUAUCACCAAGAGAAAGAUGAGCGCUUCGGCCGAACAGAUCAAGAGAUUGAAUUUGGAGAAGGCGACGAAUUUUAUGCGACAGUACAGAGAUCCCGACUCCAGAGAGUUGAAAAAGCUUUCGGCUAAUCAAUUUAUGGAAGUCUGGAGUCACUACGAUAAAGACGGUAAUGGCUACAUUGAAGGUACGGAGCUGGAUGGGUUUUUAAGAGAGUUCGUGUCAAGUGCUAAUAUAACAGACGUGGGACCUGAAGCUGUCUCAGAUGACAUGUUAGUGGAACUAAAGGCAUGUUUCAUGGAGGCCUACGACGAUAAUCAAGAUGGUAAAAUAGACAUUCGAGAGCUCGCCCAAUUGCUGCCAAUGGAAGAAAACUUCUUGUUGCUCUUCAGAUUCGAUAAUCCGUUGGAGUCGAGUGUCGAGUUUAUGAAGAUUUGGAGGGAAUACGAUACGGACGGCAGCGGCUAUAUCGAGGCUGACGAGCUGAAGAAUUUUCUGCGAGAUUUGCUGAAGGAGGCCAAAAAAAUAAAUGACGUCUCUGAGGACAAACUCAUCGAAUACACUGACACCAUGCUCCAAGUUUUCGAUUCUAAUAAAGACGGACGUCUGCAACUUUCUGAAAUGGCCAAGCUGCUCCCUGUCAAAGAAAAUUUCCUGUGCAGGCAGGUCUUCAAGGAAGGAAUAGAAGGCGCCACUAAAUUGACCAAAGAUGACAUCGAACGUGUUUUUGCAUUAUAUGACAGAGACAAUAAUGGUACAAUCGAGAACGAGGAGCUCAGGGGCUUCUUGAAGGAUCUGCUGGAGCUGGUCAAAAAAGAUUACGACGCCCAGGACUUGCUCGACUUCGAGGAGACCAUUCUACGAGGCGUCGACUACAACCAGGACGGCAAAAUCAACAAGAAGGAGUUGACGAUGAUACUUCUGGCGAUCGCGAAGCACAACCAGGAGGAGGAAGCCACCGCAUAAAAUCAUCGAACGCCAACAGUUUAAAAUAAGUGUAGCACAAAUGUUAGAAAACGGAAAUAUAAUUUACUCUAAAUGUAACACCAAAAUUCCAACGAAACUUUUUAUUCCUUAUGUCGCAAAAUGUUUCGUUGGGGUAGAUAUUAAUGUAAGGGCGUUUAAAAAAAAUUUCAUACUAUGGGUUGAAGAUGCUCAUGUAGGACAAACUUAGGGAGAAUUAGAAUUAAACUUUAACAAGUUACCCGUCCUUUAACCACAAUAUGGGGAUCGCGUCUUCAGUCCAUUGAAUUUUCAUGGCUAUGAUUCAAAACAUACUAUACACUAUAUUAUAUACGUAUGCUUAUAGAUUUCAUGUAUAGUUCUUAUUAGAUUAUAUUUCUUUGUCCUCUUAUCCUGUCAGGAGAAGUACUGUGGUGGAUUUGGAGCGAGAUUGAAAAUAUUGCAUCGAAUUCGCCCAUGUACGUCUUGAUUCUUCUUCAAAUCAACGAAUAAUUAUGCCUAAGGCUUUAUAUGCCAAUAACGGCUAUUAAAUGUGUUGUGGUUGUAAUUUUUUAUAUAUUAACUGUAGUUGAUGUUAAAUUAUAGGGUCGACAAGAAUUAGAUAAUGCAUUUAUCUACUAAUAUUCACGCAGUCUCAUCGUCUUUGCCUACGGUUGUUCUGGUUGCAUAAUCAACGGCGCAGACGAUAUUGAAUCAUGGCAAUGUGAAUAUAUAUUUCAUUGCAAAGAGUUCAGAUAAUCUAAGAGACACCAAUAUCCAAAAGACUAGAAUAUACAUAUUGUAGAACUUGACUUUUAAAAAAAAUUCUUGAAAUCUUCAGCUUUUGUCGCACAAGCGUAUUCGUUCAAGCACAAGUUAAUAAAAAUAAAACUAUUUCAUAUCUUUAACCAAAAAAAAUAUAACAGAAGUGAUGUAUUUAGGUAGAUACGUUAUUUAACUGUUGCAUGAAUUAUUAGGUAAAUUUAUAUGAGACUUGUUAUUUCGUGGUACCGAUUUUUAACAGUUACUAAGUGUUAAUUAUAGGGUUAAUCAACAGGAAAACGCAAUAGAUCUGGCUAAACAGUAGCAAUUGAGAUUUAGACUUGUCUAACGUUUAAAAUCUUUUACUUGUAGUUCUUAUCAAUAUAAUUAUACCUUAAUUUAAAACUUUGAAACUUCUUUGUCAUUCAAUCAUUUAUGAUUUGAUGUCUCAGUAGGUUUUAAAAUCAGCUAGACACACUUAAGUCUCAAUUGUUAACGAUAAUAUUAUUAUUAAUAAUAAUUAUUAUAUGUACUAUUAUAUGGAUAUUUUGAUUCAAUUAAACUGGAGCUCCGAAUAUUAAAUUAAAGCUUUCGACGGUAAAUAAUAUUAGAUGUAACGACAAUCUAAUUUAAAAUAUAAUCAUUAGAAGAUUUACAAAAAAAAAUAAUUAAAUGAUUUUUUAUUAAGAGCAAGCAUAUCUUGUAGUUGAAACAAAUGUCAAAAUUGGGAGAAUGUUUCUUAAACAUACAAAACUACAUGAAUUCAUUGGAUUUCCAAAUGUUAGCAAAUAUUAAAAUGAAUUGAAAUCACUGCAUUAAAAAUAUGUGUCAAAAUAACAUGUAAUUGUUUAACAAAGAUUCUCUUCAAUUAUGUACAAGAUUAAUCCGCUAAACAAGUUUUGUACUUAUGAAUUACAUAUGUAUGUAAAAAUAUAAUCUGUGUUAACAUUAAUUAAAAUCAGUAUUAUAAAAAUAGGUUUAAAGUCAGGAGCAGAUGGAGGAUAUUAAAUUGAUAUUUGCCUAACUAAUAACAUAUCCAUAUACAAAAAGUAGGAAAUAUAUCAGGGACUCAUUUUUUAUAAUACAUGAUAAUGGUUAAUUUAUGUAACACUAAACGAAGUUAUAUAAAUUACAUUUAAAAUUUCUUGGUGCUCUUUAAAAUUAAUAAAUACAGGAUGAGAAGUCUGCUCCUGAAAAGGCUGAAAUAUUCACGAAUAACGUAAAUGAUAAUCGUAGUAAAGUAAAGCUGAAUCAAUUAUUCGUGAUAAUCAAUAGGUAAAUUUUUGUACUCACUUUUUUCCACAGUUUUGUAUUGGCGCUUUCCACUGUUAGAUAAAUUACAUUAGCAUUAUAUUUGUUUAUAGCUCUUUACCAAUUUUUCAAAUGGUGUUUAUCCUAUCAUGUAAAUUAUAAUAAUUCGUCCACUUUGCAUAUCUGUGUCCUUUAAUGUGCAUUAUUGUAUAUAAAAUGUUUUAAUAUAUAAAAUAUUUUACUAUUUCAAAUGUAUUUAAUGAUUUAGCUAGUAAUUGUCUCAUUUGUAUAUUUUUAUAUGAUUAACGUUAUCGUUUUCAAUGAAAUCUCUACUUCAUGUCUUUUUACGUAUUUAAUUUAUCUUAUAACUUAUUAAAAUCUAUAUAUAUAAAGUGUUGCCAAAGUUAUUGUUGUAAAAUAAUUAACUAAUUAUGCACUGUAAAUAAAUGAUUAAAUGUU